GCACAGGUCGUUAGACAGCCGGCAUGAAACAGUGCAUGUAUGAUCAUGUAAAAUAUGCAGUGUAUAGUCAAUCAAAGUUUUGAGCGAAGUCAGUGUCAUCAUUUCGUAGAAGAACUGUAGACCAGCAACAAAGAGUUUGGGGUGGUAAUGACGGUUGUCAUUUGAGUCCUAACUUUCUUUCCCAGUCCCCACCCUAAACUUUUAUAAAGCGUCUCUUGUUGGCCAGAAUGCAUUCAUGGGCGGUGGUGGGGGACAGAGUUUGGAAACAUGGAAGGUGAAGAACAGCGGUGCAGUCAGCAUCAUUGUCAAAGGAAUCGAAGAACCAGCAACUUGUCGGAUAUGAUUUAAAAGUUCAACAAAUUGUUAACAGGAUAUUUUAAGUGUACGCAUUACUGCCAGUUCAUUACAAAAACGCGAUUGAGCGCGCUCCGUCUGAAACUCCUGAAGGAGGAGCCCUACAUGCCCACUCAUCACUUCCUGUUUCCCCUGAAGAAGCUCAACUGAAAAAAGGGAUGAAUGAGACCAACUCAGCAACCACUCUCCUGAAGAGGUAUCGUGUCGCCAUGACGAGGGCUGACACCGCUCCCGCCGUCGUCACGGACAACGGACACUCCCCGGUCCGAGGCGAGGACGGGGGAGAAGGCCAGCAGGACACCGACGGCUCCCUGUCCGACUUGGCCGGACUGUUUGACAGCUCCGACACGCCCUCGGCCCAGCCGGACCAGGACGUACCCCAGGACCCGGGCAGGGCAGGGCAGGCAGGGGACGGCAGACCCAACCUGCGCAUGAAGUUCCAGGGAGCCUUCAAGAAGGGCAUCAGCAGUCCUAUGGACCUGCUGGAGAACAGCAUGUACGAGUCUCCCGUGGCGCCCGGACCCAAGAAAGCCCCCAUGGACUCCCUGUUUGACUACGGCACGUACCGACAAGGCAACAACCAGAAGCGCAGGAAGAAGCUGCCUCGCGGGAAGACUCAGGCGUCCUGCGAUGAGGGUCCCGUCUCGGACCCCCCCAAGGUGCUCAAGGAGUUUAACCGCUGCCUCCUGUUCGAGGGCGUGUCGAGGGCCGAGCCCGGGGCCCUGGAGGGCCUUCUGGAAUACCUGCAGGUCCAUGAGAAGAGACUCACCGACGAGGAGUUCAGAGAACCUUCCACCGGCAAAACAUGUCUGCCCAAAGCCCUGCUCAACCUGUACAGUGGCCAGAACGACACCAUCCCCUUGCUGGCGGACAUAGCAGAGAAGACUGGCAACCUGCGCGACUUCAUCAACACCCCCUUCAGAGACGUUUACUAUCGAGGUCAGACGGCCCUUCACAUCGCCGUGGAGCGCCGCUGUAAGCAGUACGUGAAGCUGCUGGUGGAGAAGGGGGCGGACGUGCAUGCGCAGGCCCGCGGACGCUUCUUCCAGCCCCGCGACGAGGGGGGGUGCUUCUACUUUGGUGAGCUGCCCCUCUCCCUGGCUGCCUGCACCAACCAGCCCGACAUGGUGCAUUACCUGACAGAGAACGCCCACAAGAAGGCCGACCUGCGUCGCCAAGACUCCCGGGGGAACACGGUACUCCACGCCCUGGUGCACAUCGCAGACAACACCCGCGACAACACCCGCUUCCUCACCAAGAUGUACGACCUGCUCCUCAUCAAGAGCGCCAAGCUCUACCCCGAAUGCAACCUGGAGGAUGUGCUGAACAACGACGGCAUGUCGCCCCUCAUGAUGUGCGCCAAGCUGGGCAAGAUCGGGGUGUUCCAGCACAUCAUCAGGAGGGAGAUCAAGGACGAGGAGGCGCGCCACCUCUCCCGGAAGUUCAAGGACUGGGCGUACGGCCCGGUGUACUCCUCCCUGUACGACCUCUCCUCCCUGGACCCCUGCGGAGAGGAGGUCUCCGUGCUGGAGAUCCUGGUCUACAACAGCCGCAUCGAGAAUCGCCACGAGAUGCUGGCGGUGGAGCCAAUCAACGAGCUGCUGAGGACCAAGUGGCAGAAGUUUGGUGCAGCCACCUUCUACAUCAGCGUGGUGUCCUACCUGGUCACCAUGACUAUCUUCUCCCUGGUGGCGUACUAUCGCCCCACGGGGGGAAAGCCUCCCUACCCGUACGUCACCUCCACAGACUACCUGAGGAUGACGGGGGAGGUUGUCACCGCGGCCUCCGGAGCCUUCUUCUUCCUCAUAAACAUUAAGGAUCUCUUCCAGAAGAAGUGCCCUGGGGUGAACUCUUUAUUUAUUGAUGGCUCCUUUCAACUGCUCUUCUUCAUCUACUCAGUCUUAGUGAUAGUGACGACAGCUCUCUACCUGUCUGGGAUCGAGGCCUACGUGGCUGUCAUGGUGUUUGCCUUGGUGCUGGGGUGGAUGAACACGCUGUACUUCACCAGGGGACUGAAGCUCACAGGCACCUACAGCAUCAUGAUCCAGAAGAUUCUCUUCAAAGACUUGUUCAGGUUUCUGCUGGUGUACGUGCUCUUCAUGAUCGGCUACGCUUCAGCCCUGGUGUCCCUCCUGAACGUGUGCCCCCCCGCUGGGAUGGCCAGUCCCCAGGAUGGGGGGGGCUGCCCCACCUCCACCCAGUGCCGUGACAACAACACCUUCAGCAGCUUCCUGCUGGACCUGUUCAAGCUCACCAUCGGCAUCGGGGAGAUGGACAUGAUCAACAGCGCCCAGUACCCAGCCGUCUUCCUCAUCCUCCUGGUAACCUACAUCAUCCUCACCUUCGUCCUGCUCCUCAACAUGUUGAUCGCUCUGAUGGGGGAGACGGUGGGCCAGGUGUCCAAGGAGAGCAAGAAGAUCUGGAAGCUUCAGUGGGCGACCACCAUCCUGGACAUCGAGCGCUCCUUCCCGGUGUGUCUGCGCCGGUCGUUCCGCGCCGGGGAGAUGGUGACGGUGGGGAAGAGGUGGGACGGUACGCCAGACCGCCGCUGGUGCUUCAGGGUGGACGAAGUCAACUGGUGCCACUGGAACCAGAACCUGGGCAUCAUCAACGAGGACCCGGGCAAGAACGAGACCCAGGCCCACGCUGCCCAGCAGGCUGUCAGAGGCCUGAGGAGAGAUCGCUGGUCCACGGUGGUGCCCCGGGUGGUGGAGCUGGGCAGGAGCCCACGGUCUGAGGACCACGUGCUGGAGAUGGAGCCUCUCACCUCCAGGCACAGACCCUGAGGUGGAGCCUCCACCAGGGGGAGCCACCAAGACCUUCCUGGAGAGCCUCAAACAAGUGACAGAGACGACUUUGCCAAAUUUGCACAGAACUCAGUUGCCUUGCAGGUAUGUAUUUUGGUAACCCUUUCACAGGGGAUUGCGGAUGAUGUAAGUGUUGCAGGAGGAGAGAGCACUGGACAAACGGGACAGCCCUCCAACCAUCACUCGAAAAAACUCGAACUGAACAGAAAGAUAUUUAUGGAAAAUAUGAAAGGGUUGGUUAGUGGUCGGGUCAAGAGGAGGAUAGCGCGCUACUGGGAGAGAGAUGAUGUACCUCUGCAUUAGACGCUGCACUCAGGGAAUAGCUCUAGAAUCUGUUUUAUGUUUGUACUUGUACCCUGUCUUCUCAGCCUUAAGGGAGAAAUGGAUUUUCAAAGUGCCAGUGUAAGCAUGCUGCAUGAUAAUCACGGAUUACAAGGCUGGUGCUCAAACCAGAGCAGAGAUGCCAUCAGAUACACUAUCUCUCUGAUUGCAGAAGGCUGCAGAAAGGAGGCUGUUCUUGCACUGAAGUGUAUCUCGCUUUCCAUUGACAUAUUCCAUUUGUAAAACGCAUAUCUCCUGUGUCAUUUCUGAUUUGUGGAUUUUUACGAACAUGAGGGAAAUGGUUUUCUAUUAAGUGGACAGCCAGUAUACAUAUAACUGACAAAAGCAUAGUAAUUGGUUACCCUGGCAAUUCCAGUGUUUCUGUGUUCAUGCAGCAGAGUUAUUUACCCCACACUGCAUAGCCCAGCCCUAAUAUAGUUUGCAUUAUUAUAUUGUCGUGACAUUUAGCCAUUCAGCCACUGGUUAAUGCUGUUUAAUGAAUGCUCUGCUCGCUGUAUGAGUGAAGAAAGAAAAUAAAAAAUGAUGACCACACACAUGGGUGCUAGAGGCAUACCAAUCAAAGUCUGUGUGGAUUUGCAAAUAAAGAAGCCUUUAAUGUCUUGGCAACGACAUUAAAGCUUCUCCAGGUUCAUCUCCCUGCUUCACAGGGGUGUGUGUUAAGAGUUUUAAUAGGUUGUGACUGUGCUGUAGAUAUACUGUAGAUUUUGAUUAAUUCUUAUCUAUCAAGUCAUGUUGAAGGUCUUUGGGGUGAGUCUCUUCAUGUCUUCGAUUUUAUCGCUUUAAUCAUUCUGUAAAUCUUUAUUUAGAGUUGUAUAUGAUCGUUAUGCUUUAAUAUAUGUAGUGUGUAUAUAUCAUUGCAAAGUAUAUCGUAAAGCACACACCAAUUAUUGGUUGAGAGGCAGAUAUGUAUUCUGUGUAAAAGCAUUAAACAAAUGUGAUUUGUUAAUCGUUUGUGCUGUAGCUCAAGUUAGAUUUUAUACUGGAACUUUAGCUACUGAUCUGUCAUCAGGGAAGGUGUUUAUAAGAAGCAUACUUUUAUUUUAGUCAUAAAAAAAAAAAAUAGAAUAUUGAAACUUAUUGACAGUGAUGUUUCUUUGUGCUUCCACUGCUUAUACUGUUAGAAAUAUUGAAGUUGAAGAUACAGUUUUGCAACAAAUAUGACUGUCUGGCCAGUGUAUCUGUAACAAGAUCUCCAAAGUGCAUAUAUAGUGCAUUUUACCAGCAUGCAUUUGUUUUUUGUUUUAUGAAAUCUGACUGCAUUUCCUUUACUGGACAGCAGAGGGAGGCACAGAUCCAGAUGUUUCAAAUUAAUUAAAAUGUAGAUAUUUUGAGCUUCCAAUAGCCUAUGUCUAAUAUAGGUAAAACAAAAAAAUUGUUGUACUGGUGCUUACAGUACAUAGAUGUUAAUGUUUAUUUAUCUGAAAGAAAUGAAUAAAUACAUGUUUUA